AUGAUUAAAAAAACAGCACAGUGGAAAUCAGACACCCAUGUUGUCCUAUUAGUGUUCUUGCUGUGGACAUCUAGGGUGAAUGGUAGUUCAUGGCAAUGCAGUGAAGAGCGACUGGUUCAUUCAAGGGACUUUGUCCACUCGACGAUAUUAGCCGGUAGUUAUCUCUCUUACAAUCUAUCUGACCCCAUUCUAAUACAGCACCCCUGUGGAAAAUACUUCUCUGGAGGCAUUCCUCCAGCCCUAUACCUUGGGGAAAAGGUAUUCAUCAGUUUAGACAGAUUCGAAAGUAGUCUUUUGCCACUGACCAUUUCACAAACACUUGUGACUCCACCUGCUUUGGUCAGUGAUGCUACAUUUGUGCGAAAUUCUCGAGUGCUCUUGGUAAUAAAUGGAAAAGUCUAUAUUUAUUUCUAUAUAUGGAAAAGCUGGUUAGAGACAGAGGGGAUUGAUAAACCCGUUACUAAGAUUACAAACUCGGAUUGCUGUUAUUCCAUAAGUGACCCUAUUUGUAAUCAAAUUGAUACUUUUGUGCUGGCUUAUAACACGGGGGAUUCUGCUAACAAGAGCAACAUCUUUUACUCAAAUGAUGGAGGUUACACAUUUAGUACAUUAUACAUUAGCACACAUCCUGAAGAUUUCCUUAUUGCUGUCUAUAACUUUGUUUCAAUAGCACAAAUUGGAACACUCUACAAUCAAUCUGAGGGUAUUACUAAUGGGUCUGCUUAUUUCACAUACACUGGUACAAGCUAUAUGAACAACCGCACGGGUGUUUUCUUCUCCCUGAGAGCCUACAAAAAUGAAAACAUUUUGACCAUAACACCUCCUGGUCUGAGAGGUUUUAUCAUGGUUUGGACGAAAAAUGAUUUAGUAUUCUCCUUCAACCAUGGCCUGACUUUAGAACCCAUCUCUGUACUUCCCACAGAGAAAUAUGUUAACCACUCCCUCCCUAAACAUGAAAAGGGUAUUUGUAACGUGGCGGUCACUUCUAAUGAGGUUGCAGCCCUUACUAAGAAUCAUAAACUUUUCUAUGGAACCCUGGAUAUACUCUCCACAAAAAUGGUGCUCAUUGGAGAGAGGAACAGUACUGAGCAAAUGACACAUUGUGAGACUUUGAUGUUCGAUGCCACUGGAAUGCUUACCAUCUUCAAUCCUGUCCCCAGCAACAAAUCUGGAUUGUACAAUUUUCACAAAUGUACCAUCAAUUUACAGAACAGGCUCAUGAAUGUGCGGCCACACCUGCAGCCCUGCCCUGUUGAGACCCUCAGUGGUGAUUUCCAUAACAAAAUGUACUAUAUAGACAUGAAAAAGGAACUUCAUUUUAACAUCACUUUUGUGCCUAAACCAGGCACUGGGGCCUUUCCUUAUGUCACUGUGAGCAAUCCGCACUUGUUAGGAUUCCGUGGCAGACUUUCGGAGGAUGGCUACACCUAUGAUGGAAACACUAAAUACCACCUACAAAUAACAGCAGUACAACAGCAGUUUUCAGGCAUGGCUGAAUAUGGCUACCAUGAUGACUAUUACUACCAAAGGAUGGCUACCCUCACUGUGGAUAUCUACAAUAAAGGCAUAUUUUGUAUUGACAUGCAUCCAUUGACAGCUCUUAUUACACUGGACUGCCCGCCUACUAAACAUAUAAGACCCUUUAAAAAUGUGACAGUGUGCAGCAAAGGACACAUGCUUGAGUCCAAACUGCAGGAUAAUUUCUAUUAUCUAAUUCAUCGGGAUGUAUAUGAUCCAGCAUUUCUUGGUAGACACGACCUAGAUCAGGAAGACCUUAAUAUUUCCUAUUCUUAUAAACUUUUUGGAUGUCCAAUUCUCUGGUAUUAUGAUAACCCAUGGCUACCAAUACUUGAACUAUGGGAAGAUGAUAAAUUUGUGGAAUAUGUUGCUGCUGACUUUGUACUGUUUGAAAUGAAUGGAAUGCAUAAUUAUGAUUAUCUCCUGACUGCAUCAGAAGCUAAAUGUAUCUCAGAGCCUCAGAACUGGAGCAAAACUUUUCAAAUGCAACCUUUCCCGGACCCGCAUACUUCGUGGACCAGAGUUAACUAUAAAAACUGUAAAGUGCCCAAUGAUGAAGAUCCUUUGGUAUCAUCUAAUUUAAAAUACCAAGUUCUGAACCUUAAUGAAGAGAAUAGGAUAAUAUUUUCACAGUACAAUGGCAUAUAUAUUUUCAAAGUCACUGUUGUAGAUACAAUUUAUAGUUACUGUGAACUAUCAACUAUUAUCAGUGUCUAUGUGCUUGGAGCUCUUCCAGAAUCUCAGAUACACCCUGCAGGUAUGCUGACGGGCAUUCUGAUUCUCAUAUUGGGUUCAAUUUUGACGGGGUAUUUUUUCCCUAAAUUAUUAAAUAUGAGAGAACAUGCAAAAAUGAAAUCCUUGUAG